UAGGCUAUAUUGAGGUGGUACUCCAUAUCGUAACCAUGCAGACUCCAUAUCAUAAGCUGUCAUCUCUUCUUCCCAUCAUGCCUGUCAUGGUAGGGCAGGAGUAGGAUCUUGUGUAUGUCAUUUGCAUUCACAUUGGAAAGCGCGCUCUCACAGCCACAUCUCACUGGAUGUUCUAUAUUCUCUCUCUCUCUAUCCUUCCCUCCAUCUCUCUCUCUUUCUCUCUCUUUUCUUCAGCCCACAAGGGGGCGUGGGGACAGGCCACAUAGGUUGACCAAGAGAGCCAACUGCGUGGAAACACAUCGAUGAUGGCCAAUUACGUGUCCUGGCGAGGAUAGAGGAAAGUGGAGGAGGCAAGUGCUGCGAUAAUCCUGGACUCUAAGCUGCAUUACUGUGCAAGGAAACCCACUUGUGGUCGAUAAGCAGCCUGAAGGAUGAGUUUCCUUGCCGAUGGAAUGCCUUUGGCCCCAGUCGUCAAUGAGGGAAUAUUAGACACAGGAGUCAGUAUCAAGGAAGAGCUCAGCGAAGAUAUGUCCAAGGAUAUUUGGUUAGAAAUUAAGGAAGAACAGCUCGAUUACGCAGAUCAUGAGAGAGACGAAGUGAGUGACGUGAAAGUGAAACACGAAUGUCUUUUCUUUCACAAUCUUUAUGACCAAAGUCAUGAAGCAGAUGCAAAGGACUCGUGUGAAUUAGUUCGGGAUCAUAGUGACGCGUUAAGAGUGCCAUUGGUGGCUGAGGAAUGUUGGAACAACUGUUCACCAGAAGGGGAUCAGACGAUACAUAAAGAAAGUCUUAAGGAUACAGAACCAGAAGUGGAACCGACUUUGAAGCGCCUUGUAUGCGAAAUGUGCAGCAAGAAAUUCUCUAAGAGGAGAUAUCUCAAAAUUCACAUGAGAGUCCACACAAAGGAGAAACCCUACAGAUGUGAUAUUUGCGACAAGGGCUUCCCAUCCAAAAACAAUCUAGUAAAGCAUAUCAGAGUACAUACAAAGGAAAAGCCUUACAGCUGUGAAAUUUGCGACAGGGCUUUCUCGGAGAAAGGUCCUCUAGUAACACACAUGAGAAUACACACAAAGGAGAAGCCGUACAACUGUGAGAUUUGCGACAAAGACUUCUCGCAUAAAAAUAGUCUUGUUAGGCACAUGAGAGUACAUACAAAGGAGAAACACUAUAGCUGUGAGAUCUGCGGCAAGAACUUCUCACAUAGAGAUAGUCUAAUUAGGCAUAUGAGUGUACACGCAAAGGAGAAGCCAUUCAACUGUGAUAUUUGCUUUAAGGCCUUCUCUUCCAAAAGCGUUCUAGCAAGGCAUAUCAAAGUACAUACAAGAGAGAAGCCAUACAGCUGUGAGACCUGCAGCAAGGUCUUCCCCGAAAAAGGUCACCUGGUAACACACAUGAGAGUACAUACAAAGGAGAGGCCAUUCAGUUGUGAAGUUUGCAACAAAGCUUUCUCGCAUAAAAUCAAUCUAGUUAUCCAUAUGAGAAUACAUACAAAGGAGAAGCCAUACAGCUGCGAGGUUUGCAGCAAGGGCUUCUCACAUAAAUCUAAUCUAGUUAUCCACAUGAGAGUACACACAAAAGAGAAGCCGUAAGGCUAUGAAGCUUACUCUAAAAAAAAAUCAUGAAACCGUUCCCAAAUGCAAAAUCUUUUCACGGAACCGUAACGUAAUGCAAAAACUUUUCACGAAACUGUUCCCUAAUGCAAAAUCUUUUCACGAAACUGUUCCCUAAUGCAAAAUCUUAUCACAAAACUGUUCCCUAAUGCAAAAUCUUUUCACGAAACUGAUCCCUAAUGGUGCCCCGUACGAGAGAACACCCAAAAAGAUGAGACAAACGGACGUGAGAUUUGCAACGGGAAAAUUAGAAAGCUAAUCGGUUGAGCCAGUUGAGGGUACCUGCAAAGGAAGAGCCCCACCGGUGUUAUAUUUGCAAAUGGGGUUCUCAUGGAGUCGUCACCUGGUGUAACAAACAGUAGUACAAACAAAGGAAAAAAACUCAUCUCUGCGAAGUUUGAAACAAAGGCCUUGUCACAGAAGGCGAGAUAAGGCUGACAGUUUGUUUUCUCUGAGUAUAAUGUAGUGCGUCAUACAGGUGAAUACACCCAAACCAGAACCACACAGACAUUCGCUUGGGAAAAACCAAGAAUGCGUAAGGGUAGCAGGCCUUAUAUCUCAGAGGCCCAACGACAUGCUUUCACUCGGAGAAGACAUCUCGUGGACAACGCGAAUUGCAUCGAAGAGCAAGAUAUUUCAUCUAAGAGGAGCACUCUUUCCCUUGACAUUAUUGGGGAAGAAUUGCCCCAGAUUUUGAUGGAUUUUUUUCUGAUUUAUGUUAUACACGUGAUGUGUAGUUCUUGUCUGACAUAAUAAAUUUCCAUGUGUUAUGACUUGUAUCUAAGUGUCCAUGGAUUUUUUUUUCUUCAGGUAAACUCAUGUCUGCUGUUACUAAUUAUAUAAAUAUGUAUGUGUGAUUUG